AUGAUGUUUAGCUUGAAAAUGGUCUCUCCACCGCCUCCAACGCCUAUAUUCGGGCGGCAGUGGCAGAUAACAGCGAAUGGAGAUGGGUUUCCAAAAUUUCUUCCCAAGGAGGUAAAAGAUAUAAAAGAUCCAUUCGCAAGAGCUCUGGCUCAAAGGAUUGUACGGAUUCCUGUUCCUCUUCAGAUGGGAAACUUUAGAGGCUGCGUAAUGAGUAGCUGUAUCAAACCAACUAUUCUAUUACCCGACAAAAGUCCUGUUGUUCUUCUCCAUUGUUUCGACAGUUCGUGUCUUGAAUGGAGACGUGCGUAUCCUCUGCUUGAGCAAGCUUGUCUUGAGACUUGGGCUAUUGAUGUUCUUGGUUGGGGCUUCUCUGAUCUACAGAAACUUCCACCAUGUGAUGCAGCAUCUAAGCGACAUCAUCUAUUCGAGCUUUGGAAAACAUAUAUUAAACGACCAAUGAUUUUAGUUGGACCAAGCUUAGGAGCAACCGUAGCUGUUGAUUUCACUGCUACUUACCCUGAAGCCGUUGAUAAACUGGUUCUCAUUAAUGCGAACGCGUAUUCAGAAGGAACAGGUGCUCUUAAAGAUUUACCAAAAUCAAUUGCUUACGCUGGGGUUAAGUUGUUGAAGUCGUUUCCUCUUCGCCUUUUGGCCAACGUGUUAGCCUUUUCAUCGCCCUUGUCAGAGAAUAUAGAUUGGACUAAUAUUGGCCGGUUACACUGUCAAAUGCCGUGGUGGGAAGAUGCGAUGGUCAACUUUAUGAUUAGCGGGGGCUAUAAUGUUGCUUCACAGAUCAAACUCAUCAACCACAAGACGCUCGUUGUAUGCAGUGAGAAUGAUCAGAUUGUUAGCAACCAACUUUCAGUAAAAUUGUUGUGUGAGCUACAAAAUGCGGUUUUCCGGGAGGUACCAGAUUCCGGUCAUCUUCCACAUGUUGAGAACCCUAAACAGUUUGUGAAGCUGAUAUCUGAUUUCUCCAGUGGAAAGCUUAAUUGAUUAUAGUUAGUAUCACAAUAUGCUUCAAGCUCACCAUGUUGCUACAAAGAGGGAGUUGUCACAUGGAAUGUGGAUGUUGGAAUGGUAGCAAUUAUGGAAUAACAUAAAAUGGAAUGAGUAAUCGCAUAAUUUUUUAUAAUACAAAUGGUAAAAUUUUAAAAAUGUAAUUGAA